UCCUCGUGUGCGCCAGUCCGCACCGCACAAGCAAGUGAAUUUACACGCGUACCGUAAUCAGACUGUGCGACGAGUAUUUAAAUAAACAACGGGAUUUUGUGACAAGCUGCGCAUCAACAUGUUGCCUCCACGUCUCGACCUUUGCCUCAUAUUGAUAUGCAUCUUGGGCUCUGCUCUGGGUCAAUACAGCAGCAGCAGCGAGGAGGCUGGCUUACCGAAAAAGUCGCCGGCUAUACGACGAUACAAAUCGCAGCCGCCACAGCACCAGUCGAAUUCGCGAUUUAGCAACAGUGCCCCGCAGACGUCAGUAGCGAAUCAGCGAUUCCGACGCCCGAUAACGGUCAACAAAGCUCGGCCAACGUCGGAACCGAUUCCCGAGCUGCCCGUGUUCACGUCGGGUAUCAGAGGCUCCCAUCCACCCCGGCUGACGCCGAUCUCGGUGUCGACCUCGCCGGUGCCGCUGUCCAGCUACGAGCAGAACGACGAGGCGGCCUCGCUACCGAUCCAAACUAUCCAGCAGCCGCACUUGGUUCACGCCCAGUCGAUACACUCGCCCCAGGCAGCCUCGGCCUUCAACGAGCUCAAGCCCGUCAACGAGGAGCACGACAAGGACGAGGACGUCGUCCAGGUGAUCGCGAACCUCGGGGCCGUGUCCGGCAACGCCUUCACUGGAAAUCUCCUCAGCCCGACGAUAGCCUCGCCGACGCCGACUUUGACCGCUUACCUACAGGCGCAACACCAGCAGCAAGUGCAACAGUUGCAGCAGCAGCAGCAGCAUAACCAACAUCCGCAGCAGUCCUUGCCCCCGGCACCGCAGUACCGACCCAUUCAGAGGCCUCAGCCUCAGAGUACGCCAGUCGAACCGCAGAUUCAUCAAAUCAUAACACCUGUUCAGUACAAGCCGCAAAAACCGAUAAGAUUGCAAAAACAACCACAACAGCAACAACAGCACCACCACCAAGUGCAGCAGCAGCAACACCGAGAGCACCAGCAUCAUCACCAGCAACAGCCACAGCAGCAACAGCUGACGUCGAGAAACGAGUACGACUUCAAUGAGAACAGCCGACCGGUGAUAAGCAAGCCGAGGCCCACUGCUGUACCGAAAAAGUCCAAGCCACAGGAGUACUACGGCGAAGGUGGAAGAACUAAAAAGCCCGUGGCACAGGUGAUACGCCGCUACAACGAGGAGCGGCCCGACGGCACGAUCGUCUGGGGCUUCGAGAACGACGACGGCUCGUUCAAGGAGGAGAUGAUUGGCAUCGACUGCAUCACCCGCGGCAAGUACGGCUACGUCGACCCGGACGGCCUCAGGCGCGAGUACACCUACGAGACGGGCAUCAAGUGCGAUGACGAGUCCCAGCAGCAGCAGCAGGAUCAGGACAUCCUCAACACGUUCGUUGAUUAUCAGGAGAAUAAGCUCGUCUUGCCUAACGGUAGGACCAUCGAUCUCAGCAGUAUGGGCAAGAAACAAUCGAGAAGACCACAGCCGCUCUAUAGAAAUUAGAUGUAGCGUUAUUAAUAAUUCACUUGCGCCUUUGUACAAAAGAAUGUCGUCAAUUUUCGCCGAGGCAAAACACCGUUAAUUACUGCACAUUCUUUAAGCAUUGUAACUAUUAAACAUCGAAAAUUCUAAUUCUCAACUUGGCUUGAAUACUUUAACUAUUUGAAUUGGGCGUCCUCGAAGUAUACAUCAUUCGCAAUUACUGCAGCACCCCCAAGUAAAGGGUGAAACUAAGGAAUUACAGAAAUUUGUUUCAUUAUUCUUAGCAUUACAUAAUUUUUAGAUAUUAUUAUAAAUGUUAAUUAAUUUAUGGUUAGCUGAGUAUAUAGCCGAUUUUCUGUCAACUCAACGGGUCAAAUUUUUUUUGUGUAUCCGAUACGAUGGAUAUAUUGUUUGACAUUUAAAAAUGUCCCAGAAUUUGGAUAAAAUUUUGCGACCGCUUAUUGUCUUCUUUGAGAGGCCCAAGUUGGAAUUUUAUGGAAAUUCACGAUUAUCACAAGUAUUAAAAUAAUUUCUAGCUUCGUAUAUAUAUAUAUAAAGUGACUUAAACGAAAAAGUACAUGAGAGCUUUUUGUUUUCAAAAGCAGAAAAUAGCCCUUUCCGAAUUUUUUUCCACUUUUUUACAUUUUUCCGUUAUUUAUUACAGAAAUUCAUGAGACAGUAUGAGAUAUUGAAAAAUAUUAGACUUGAAAAAGCUCUGUAAAUCUUUUCGAAGAUGAAAGUCCGGAUCACACUAUAUUAAGUUGUGAUUUUUGUGUUUCUUCUUAUGGUACAAGCCUCUAGAGUAAUCAGAUAACUUUAACAUAGUGUCUUUUUUAAAGUUUCAGCAUUUUUCAAAAAAAUUCCUAUAUAUUAAUUCGUUUAAGUCGCUCCAUACUGAGCCAGGAAUUAUUUUAAUCUUUGCGAUAAUCGUGAAUAUUGGAAAAAAUACAACUUUACGCCUCUCAAGAAAAGGUAAUGAACAAUCCCAAAAACUCUACUAAAAUUCCGGGACAUUUCUGACAUCGAAAACAACAAGUUUUUCAUAUUUGUAGAAAAGCGUCAGCUUAAGUUUACAGAGAAUCAUUCAUAUUUAUUAGUGUGAAUUUUAUUUAUUUAUCUUUUUUUAUAUCAUUAAAAUAUUACUGUAAAUGCUCCAUUAAUUAAACUUAAUUAUACAUCAAUGCUACAAGACUGCCGUUUUACAAAUAAACUGUUCAGCAAUCGAGUACGUGUACAAAGAAUUUUCAAAAUCUAUUGCAUGACUUAUAGUUUGUAAAAAAAUUAAUA